GUCCAACUUGCAAGGUGGACCAGGUCCACAGAAUAAUUUGCAAUGUGGAAAUAUUGGGCCAAACAGGAGAAAGGCCCAAUCCAUUAGAAGAAGAGACACACAGAGAAAGCCCAGAAAAGCAAGUGAAUGGUGCUGAAAGUGGAAGGCAACCAAAUCGUAACGACUUAUCUUCAACUCAAAAUAUGGUUCCCUCCUUCUCCACCGAACUUAUCCAUUUCAUUCCAUCAAAAGAAAUGUCAGAAUCUGAAGCUGAAGACUUACCAGAGAAAGAAAUUGGCAACGAAGGCCUCAAGAAAAAGAUUCUCCAAAAGGGAAACUCAUGGCAGACUCCACUUCCUGGAGAUGAAGUCCAUGUUCAUUACAGUGGAAAGCUCCAUGGCAAUGGAGAAUACUUCGAUUCAAGCCGUAAAAAGGGAACCCCUUUCACGUUCAAAUUGGGGCAAGGUGAAGUUAUAAAAGGGUGGGAUAUUGGGAUUGCUACAAUGAGAAAGGGAGAAAGAGCAUUGUAUACUAUUCCUCCAUGUUUGGGUUAUGGGAAGGCUGGCUCUCCGCCCAUUAUUCCUCCGGAUUCCACUCUGGUUUUCGACAUAGAAAUGGUGUCGUGGAAGUCGAUCAGAGAUGUCGCCGGCGAUGGAGGAAUAUUGAAGAAGAUUGUGAGGGAAGGUGAAGGGUGGGCUACCCCUAGAGAUGCUGAUCAAGUUCUUGUGAAGUAUACCAUGAGGACUGAGAAUAAGGAAGAUGUUGUUUCUGAAUCUAAUGAUGGGGUGGAAUUUUCCCUAACAGAGGGAUUUCUCUGCCCAGCCAUGAGUAAAGCAGUAAAGACAAUGAGAAAGGGGGAGAUUGCAGACAUAUCAGUGAAGCCUUUUUAUGGCUUUGGAGCUCUUACAAAUGAAAACACAAACACAAACACAAACUCUAUUAUUGGUAGCAUUCCACCAACUUCAAAUUUAAGUAUCCAUCUUGAACUGGUGUCAUGGAAAAGUGUCACUGAUGUAAUGGGUGAUAAGAAGGUUCUCAAGACAUUGAUCAAAGCGGGCGAAGGCUAUGACCGUCCUAACGAAGGUGCCCUUGUAAAAGUGGUGUGCAUUGGCAAGCUGGAAGAUGGAACAAUCACUGAAAGAAAAGGGUCAGAUCAAGAACCUUUUGAGUAUCUAUGUUUAGAAGAUCAAAUCAUUGAGGGUUUGGAUCAGGCAAUCAUGACUAUGCGAAAAGGAGAGGAAGCACGAGUUAGAAUCUGCAGUGACUACUUCCAUGGCUGCAAAGAAAAGACAACAGAAUUAUCUCCAUUGAUUUAUGAAGUCAAGCUGCUUGACUUCACCAAGGAGAAGCCAUUUUGGAAGAUGGACACACGGGAGAAAAUCGAAGCUUGUGAGAGAAAUAAGCAAGAGGGGAACCUUCUGUUCAAAUCUGGGAAGUUCCAGCAUGCCUCUAAGAAGUAUGAAAAGGCAUCAAAGUACAUCGAGUUUGAUCACUCUUUCACUGCAGAUGAGAAGCGCCAGGCAAACGCGUUGAACUUGUCCUGCAGUUUGAACAAUGCUGCAUGUAAAUUGAAACUGGAAGACUUUUUAGAGGCUUCAAGGUUAUGCAGCAAGGCUCUAGGCAUUGAUCCGUGUAAUACCAAAGCGCUCUUCAGAAGGUCUCAGGCAUACUUGAGAAUGUCUGAGCUCGAAAAGGCUGAAAUUGACAUCAAGCAAGCUCUAGCCCUGGAUCCAAACAACAGGGAUGUGAAGCUUGUGCACAAGGAGCUAAGGCAAAGACAAAAGCAAUAUGCACAGCAUGAAGUCAAAUUUUUCAGUGCCAUGCUAUCCAGGAUAGAGUAGUAUGACUUCAUUUGCAGUGAUUUUACAGAAAUAUGCAUAACAAAAUUGCAGUUAGAUCAAAACAUAUACAAAAAGUUGUAUUUUAUUUAAUUAGAGCAUAAAUGUUUACAAAUGACA